AUGUCGUUCUUAUUUGGGCGCCGCCCUCGGACGAACACCGUGGAUCUGCCAAAGCAAGCAAGAGAACAAAUAUCUAAACUCGAUGGGCCUGGCGGAGCUGCAAAGGCGGAGGAGCUUGCCAAAACCCUAGGCCAGAUGAAGUUUGUCCUGCAAGGCACUCAAGAAACCGAAAGCAGCCCCGAACAAGUCUACUCGCUGGUGACAGGAAUGAUUCAGGAGGAUCUGUUGUACCUCCUUGCGGUCAAUUUAUAUCGCUUGCCCUUCGAAUCAAGGAAAGAUACACAGGUCAUAUUCUCUUACGUACUACGAUUCCGACCGCCGACGGCAUCCCCCAAAAGCGAGCCUAUAGCUCUGAGCUAUGUGAUCAAUAAUCGGCCGGAGGUGUUUGUGGAACUAUGCAAUGGAUAUGACCACAAAGAGAGUGCUACACCCGCUGGGACUGUCCUUCGUGAAGUGCUCAAGAGUGACGCUGCAGCCGCAAUUAUCUUGUAUGACGAUCCAGCUAGGGAAGGCCCAGGCGCAAAGGGCUUGACUGGCAUACAACCCGAGGCGAAGCAGAGUGGGCAAGGGGUAUUUUGGAAGUUUUUCAAUUGGAUUGAUAAGGGCUCUUUCGAAGUUGGGGCAGACGCCUUCACAACCUUUAGAGAACUGUUAACCAAGCACAAGCAAAUUGUAGCACAAUAUCUAUCGACAAACUUCGACCUUUUCUUCGACAAAUACAACAAUAUUCUCGUCAAGUCAGAGAGUUAUGUAACAAAACGACAGUCGAUUAAAUUGCUUGGGGAGAUUCUUCUUGACCGUGCAAAUUACUCGGUGAUGACCGCCUACGUUGAUCGAGGCGAACAUCUAAAGAUAUGCAUGAACCUCCUCCGGGAUGAGAGGAAGAUGGUUCAGUACGAAGGAUUCCACGUUUUCAAGGUUUUCGUUGCGAACCCGCACAAAUCGAUUGCGGUGCAGAAGAUAUUGCUCAUCAAUCGCGAAAGGCUUCUGAAUUUCCUGAAACAUUUCUUGGAAGACCGGACGGAAGACGAGCAGUUCAUUGACGAGAGGGAGUUCUUGAUUAAACAAAUCAAGAAUAUGCCGCCAACGCCUGUUGAACCAACCCAGAAGCCAGCUCUUCUGGGAUCUCAGUCGCGUUAG